AUGGCGGAGAUACCACCAAAAAUAUUAAUAGUGACACCACUCACAUUUUUUCCACUCGAGACGCCUUUGGAUCUUCGCAAGUUAUCAUCAAAAAAGCCAAGGAAAAGGGACUUCCAAUUAUAG